UGAAAGGAAAAACACCGGCCGUCUUCCUUAAAAAACAAAAAUAAAAAAAGAAAACGGCGUCGCCAUCGCCGCCGCCUCCUUCAGUAUCGCCUCCGCCCUCGUCGUCAUGCCACUGAUGUCUCCCGGAAUUGAAGAGGCAGAUGUCAUAAAGAAGAAGAAGAAGGAAACAAAGGCAAAAGAGAAAGAGUUGAAAAAGCAAAAAGCUUUAAACAAAGCUCUCAAGCUUCAGGAGCAACAAGCAAGUCCUUGUACUUCUAAGACGAGUAAAAAGAAGAUUGUGAGGCUUUAUGAUGAGGAAGAUGAAAAUGCAAAGGACCCAGAGACUCCAUUUGGAGAGAAGAAACGGAUGGCUGGUCAAAUGACAAAAAUCUACUAUCCAAGAGCUGUAGAGAAAUCGUGGUAUGAGUGGUGGGAGAAAAUGGGGUUCUUCUUGGCAGAUGCUAACAGCUCCAAACCUCCAUUUGUGAUUGUUUUGCCUCCCCCCAAUGUGACUGGUACCCUUCACAUAGGCCAUGCUCUUACUGCUGCUAUUGAGGACACUAUCAUUCGAUGGCGUAGAAUGUCCGGUUACAAUACCUUGUGGGUGCCUGGAAUGGAUCAUGCCGGGAUAGCAACACAGGUUGUUGUUGAAAAGAAGCUUAUGAGUGAAAAACAUUUAACCAGACAUGAUAUUGGUCGUGAGGAAUUUGUGGCUGAGGUUUGGGAAUGGAAAAAAAAGCAUGGGAGCACCAUUUUACAGCAGUUGCGCCGUUUGGGUGCUUCACUAGAUUGGUCCCGUGAGUGCUUCACUAUGGAUCAGAAAAGAUCAAAUGCUGUGACAGAGGCUUUUGUAAGGCUUCAUAAGCAAGGGCUUCUCUACAGGGAUAAUCGCAUAGUGAAUUGGGAUUGUGUGUUGCGCACGGCAAUAUCUGACAUUGAGGUGGAUUACAUUGAUAUAGAAGAAAGGACACUACUGAUGGUUCCUGGAUAUGAGAACCCUGUGGAGUUUGGCAUUCUAACUUCUUUUGCAUACCCUCUGGAGGAAGAUUUAGGUGAGAUUGUGGUGGCCACCACAAGAGUGGAAACUAUGCUUGGUGACACUGCUAUUGCUGUGCACCCUAAUGACGAGAGGUAUCGGCAUCUUCAUGGAAAACAUGCCAUCCAUCCUUUCAAUGGAAGAAGGAUUCGUAUAGUAUGUGAUGAAAUUCUUGUUGAUCCAGAAUUUGGGACUGGUGCUGUGAAGAUUACCCCAGCCCAUGAUCCUAAUGACUUUAAUGUAGGAAAGCGCCAUAAUCUUGAGUUCAUUAACUUCAAAGCCCGAGAGGCAGUGACUGAAGAACUAAAGAAGAAGGGCCUCUUCAAAGAAGCAAAGAACAAUGAGAUGCGCCUUGGAAUUUGCUCUAGAAGCCAAGAUGUUGUGGAACCCAUGAUAAAGCCCCAAUGGUACUUAAAAUGCAAUGGUAUGGGAAAGCAAGCCCUUGAUGCUGCCAUAGAUGAUGAAGAUAGAAAGCUUGAGAUCAUCCCCAGACAGUAUACUUCUGAAUGGAAGAGAUGGCUUGAAAACAUUCGUGAUUGGUGCGUUUCGAGGCAACUUUGGUGGGGUCACCGUGUUCCUGCCUGGUAUGUUGUAUACCAGAGUGAUAAGCCGGAAUAUUUUGGAGUAGUUGAUGCGCGAUGGGUGGUUGCAAGAAAUGAGGAAGAGGCUCAUGCACAGGCUAGUGAUAGAUAUGAGGGGAAGUUUCAAUUAAUUCAGGAUCCUGAUGUCCUUGACACAUGGUUUUCUUCUGGUCUCUUCCCAAUGUCUGUUUUGGGCUGGCCAGAUGACACUGAAGAUCUAAAGGCGUUUUAUCCGACUUCAGUUCUUGAAACUGGGCAUGAUAUUCUUUUUUUCUGGGUUGCCCGUAUGGUCAUGCUCGGAAUGACAUUGGGUGGCAAUGUACCUUUUACCAAGGUAUAUUUGCACCCGAUGAUUCGUGAUGCACAUGGGCGUAAAAUGUCAAAAUCGUUGGGAAAUGUCAUUGAUCCAGUUGAUGUAAUAAAUGGUGUCACCCUUGAAGGUCUACAGAAGAAGCUUUUAGAGGGAAAUUUGGAUGCCAAGGAAGUAGCUUCCUCGGAAGAAGGUCUAAAGAAAGACUUUCCUAAUGGGAUUGAGGAAUGUGGUGCAGAUGCACUGCGUUUUGCUCUUGUGUCUUAUACUGCUCAGCAUGAUAAGAUAAAUCUGGACGUCCAAAGGGUUGAGGGCUAUAGUAUCUGGUGUAAUAAAUUGUGGAAUGCCGUACGAUUUGCUCUGAGCAUACUUGGGGAUGAAUAUGUUCCACCUUCAAGUGUAAAUCCAAAUGUGUUUCCAUUUAGUUGCCAGUGGAUACUCUCGGUACUGAAUAAGGCCAUAUCCAAAACUGUUUUGUCACUGGAAUCGUACGAGUUAUCAGAUGCAGCCACUGCAGUGCAUGCUUGGUGGCAGUACCAGUUGUGUGAUGUUUUUAUUGAAGCUAUCAAGCCUUACUUUUCUGGUAAUGAUCCAAAGUUUGUGUCUGAAAGGGGAUUUGCACGAGACACACUAUGGUUAUGUCUUGAAAAUGGGCUACGGUUGCUCCAUCCGUUUAUGCCAUUUGUCACAGAAGAACUGUGGCAGCGUCUUCCAUCUUCAGGGAGUCACAAGAGGGCAACAUCAAUUAUGAUAUGUGAUUACCCAUCCACUACAGAGUACUGGACGAAUGAAAGGGUGGAGUCUGAGAUGAACCUUAUAGAGUCUCUUGUGAAAUCUCUCCGUUCACUUGCAAAAGAAAGUCGUGAAAGGCUAUCAGCUUUUGUGAUUUGUCAAACGAUUUUGGAUCGGCAGAUAAUAUGCAGCCAUCAACUGGAGAUUGAAACUCUUGCCUAUUUGUCAUCUUUGACAGUAGUCAGCCCGAAUGACUGCUUUCCACUGCCAACCGAAUCCGAUGGAUAUGUGAUGUCUGAUGUAAAUGAAAACCUUUCGGUUUUUCUGAAGGUUCCAAGAGUAAAGGCAGACCCUGAAAAGAUCAGAGAGAAGAUGGAAAAACUCAUACUGCAACGGGAAAAUCUGCUGUUGAUGAUAAGUGCUCCUGGGUACCAAGAAAAGACCUCUGAGAAGAUUCAAGAAUCCAAUGCGCACAAGCUAGCCUCCUUGGAAAAGCAAAUGAAGUCUUUGAAAAUGCAGUCUUAAAAGGGCCGCUUUGAACUCUUAUAAUAUAGUUGUUAUUAUUUUUAAAAUUUUGAAUAUUGUGUAGUUUAAUUUGCAAAUAGGGUGAUUAUUGCAUUGGUCUGCAAUUGCAUCUUACAAUUUAUUUAAAAAAAGAUACAAGCGGGAAGGGUUUGCAAGUCAAAAUCCUUUUUCUCUAGGCUAAACCUUGUUGACAUUGCAUCUCACUUGUUAAUUGUACAUGAUCAGACUA